AUGGGGUGCCGGGGACAGCGGCUGCUCUGGACCUGGGUGCUGUGGGGGCUCUGGGUGCUGCCAGCACAAGCAGGGGAGACGGGAGAGCAGCCCCUUGCCCCCACACCAGCCCCAGCAGAGCCGGGCAGCAUCUCCCCUGUGGCUGACAGCACCGGUGCCAAGCUGCCUCCGGACCUGGGCAUGUGCCAGGCAUUCCCCACCACCACGGCCACCCAGCCGGUGCACCCCUCUCCUGCCGGCAGAACCGCCACCUCUGUGGGCAGCCACGGCUCAGGCAGCCUGGUGCCACAGGUGACAGCGAGAGCGCUGGUCCCAGCCAGGACCAGUGUUACUGGCAAAUUGACUGAUACCAAUGAGGUGGUGCAGCUGGGUGAUGCUGUCACUGCGGAGAAGAUGCUGGGGCCAGCGUGGACCACAGUGCCAUCGCUCCCCCAGGACGAGCACAGCACAGGGACGUCACCUCCCAGCAUCGGCAAGAGCUCUGCUGAGCCAUAUGCAACUGCCAUGCUCCCAUCCCAGGACGUCAUGCCAGGGCUGGAUGAGGCCACCUCACCUCUGGCCACAGCAGCCAGCAUCUCAUGGGAUGCGGGCAGCCCCCUGAAGCCAGCAGCAGCCUCAGCCAGCCCUGCCACUGGCCUCUCCAGGGGUCCCCCUAGUGCAGCCACAGAGGAAGCCAGGACGGCGGCCCCACUGUCUGCUGACCCUCCAAGCGCAUCCUUUGCAAAGGUCACCUUUUCUUCUGCCACCAUUGGCAUCGGCGCGGCUACAGAACCAGGGACACGUACUUUAUCCAAAGCCGACCACAACGCCUCGCAGGACACAGGGAGUGUGCCACCCGCUCAGCUGCCUCCAGCCCUUUCACCCCGGCUCCCCGGUGGUGCCAUGCCGGGCGCAGGAGAGACGCUUUCCCCCAGCCACAGCGUGGCCCCUGGCACUGCUGGAGAUGGGCUGCCUGGAGCCAACGCCGUCACCCACCCCCAGGCCACCGCACUAGCUCCGGGCGCACCAGUUAUGGCAAUGGAUGUCACCGCUGCAGAGCAUGUCCCCACCACGUCAUUCCCAGCUCUGGGAAGCACAGGUGCUGAGCUGGUGUCCGUCAAGAGUGAGCCCAGUGCCAGAGCCACGGCAGGCACCACUUUCCCAGAGACUGAGGCCACCCCAGUGAGGCUCAGCACGAGGCUGACCCCACACACAGCUCCUGUCAACCCUGGUGGUCCCUCUCCAGGACCCUUUGUGCACUCCACGGCGUUUCUGCUCGCCCAGACCCCCUCAGCAGGCUCUGGGGCCACCACGGCAGAGGUGGCUGCAGGUGGAUCCCCUCCAGCCAGACCCAGUGUGGCCACAUCCUUAUCCCUCAUGGGUGCUGGUGGAACAAAGCCAGAUGGGGCCCCUCGAGCCGCUGCUGCGCCAACAUCUUCCCUCGGUGUGUAUGGCAUCAGGACUGGGCCAGCUGCCAAGCCAUUCUCCCUCAUUAACAACACUCCAAUUAAUGAAGUAGGGGUGGGAACAGCAUUGCUGGCCAGUGACAAUGCCACCACAAUGCUGUGGGACACCGGAGCCAUGCCAACUGUGCCUGAUGCAUCUCCCAGCCGCAGACAGCCUGGUCCCACUGCGGGCUCAGCACCCCUGGGAACUGGUGUCAUCCCUGGACCUGCACUAGCUCCACCGCUCCGGGCUGGGCCCCAACAUGGGGCAGCGACGUGGUCACCCAGCCCUGUGCCAGCCAUGGGCACAACUGUGCCAAGCACGCCAGGACUACACAGAGAAGCCAGCAUCCCCGUGGCAUUGCAAGCAGGUACCCCCCCUCUCCUGGAAGGCAGUGCCACUGCAGGGAUGGCUCUGGGGGUGUCCCCAUCCAGCAUCCCCCAAGAGACGUCAGCAGGCAUGUCCCCACUGUCUCUGGCUACCUCACAAUCAGCAAUGGGUGCUUCAGGUGACCCCCACCCCGAUUACAGCACUGCAGGGCGAGCAGAGGGGAUGACGUCCCUGAAGGUGGCCACAGAGGAGAACCCAGGUGCCAGUGCAGUGGGGCCAGCUCCCAGCCAUGCAGUUGUCACUGCCGGGCCAUCACGAGAGCCACCUGCCCGAGGGACCGAUGCUCCUGAAACCAGACCCCCAGGAGAUCUGCCUCUCCUGGCUCCCAGGGGCGGUCGCUCAGCCCCGCCAGCCAUGGCUAACCCCAGCCCAGCGCUGGCCACAGCUAGCCCCCUCCCCAGCACCGCGACUGGCAAGACAUCCCAGCCCACGACACCACCGCCCCCUGAAAAUGCAGCCGUGGAGGGAGGCAGGGACAGGUCCCAGCCGGCAGGACAUGGCAGCACCACGCAGGCAGCUCCGGGCUCAACCCCGGUUGAAAACACAAGGGCGAGUGCCACGACAGGUACCCCCGACAGCGGUCACACCACCCUGGGGACAGCCCCACCGCCGUCAGCCCCUGCCACAGCCAGUGUCACUGCUCAGCCAAGCAUGGCUGCAUCGGACCACAGCUAUCACGCUGCUGAGCCCACCACGGGCAUGGACAAAGGCAUGGACUUGGACAUGGACACAGUUUCUCCCACCAUGGGAAACAGGGCUGUGGGGCUGUCCACUGCCAUGGCUGGGGCGGCCGAGCCAGGCGCCAGCGAUGCCACCCCCUUGGCACACUCUGCCCCGGGCAGCAAAAGCCCUGUGGCAGUGGCCAUCAUGGGCACAGUGUCACCCACAGCUCCGGAGCUGGUUAUAGCACCUUCCCCUGGCCUCACUCACAACACUAGUGAAGCAGGUGUCACUGUGUCCCCUCCUGUCCCCAGGAACACCCAUCCACUGGUGGUGACACCCUCUGUCACCCCCAGCAUCACCAUCACUGGUCCAGCAGCAGGAGCAGGUGAUGCCAGCCUUGACAGGGUCACAACACCCCCCUCUGUUGUCCCCAGCAGUGCCUCCACUCCACACAGCCCCCGUGUGACGCCGAGGCCAUCCCCUGAGGCCACCGACAGCACCCAUGACCCAGCCUCAAUGGGUCUCAGCCUGGUCACUGAGGACGAGCCCAUGGCCAGGGUCUCCUCAUUGGCUGUUGGCCACACUCACGCAUGGGAGACUACAGCCGUAUCCCGGUCAGAUGCUGGCGGGGCUACCACCGCCCGGGGGGACACCACCCCCUCUGAAAGCGGUGCCGAGGGUGCAGCACCCCUAGCCAGCACCAGCAGCACCCACGUGCCUGUCUCCAACACUGCUGGCAGGAGCCCAGCCACCAUGCCAGCCACCAGCAUGUUCCCCAGCAACGCCAUCCCACCAGCCACCUCAGCCAGCAGGGAGACAUUCGCGGUGACUGCGGCCACCACAGCCAUGCCAUCUGCCCCAGCGAGGGCCACCAGCACCACCAGUGUCCUGUCCCUUGCUGUAACACGCAACAAGGCAGGCAGAAGCGGGCAACCUGUCCUAUCCCCAGCAGAACGUAACCCCUCAGUGGAAACAACUGCCGGGUCCUGGAGCGUCCUCAGUCCCAGCCCUGCCAUCACGGUGCCCAGUUCACCCCUCCCCAGCCUGCACAGCCCAGCGGAAGGACCAGCAACAGCCCCCUCGUCCCUGCUUGGUGUUGGUGCAAGCGGGGAAUCGGCAGCUGGAUGGGCCUCCUCUGAGCCAGCAACAGGCACCUCUUCUCCCAUGGCUGUCAGCAGCCGUGCCACGGGACAAGCAGCGAGCACGUCAUCUCCCAGCUUCUGGACACCUCUAGGGGCACCUGCCCGGGGGGAGAAAACAGCCAUGACUGCAGGCAGUACCACAGCCAUUGCUGUAGGCAGCACCACAGCCAUCACUGCAGAGAGCACCACAGCCAUCACUGCAGAGACCACCACAGCCAUCGCUGCAGGGAGCACCACAGCCAUCACUGCAGAGAGCACCGCAGCCGUCGCUGCAGGCAGCACCAUGGCCAUGACUGCAGGGAGCACCACAGCCAUGACUGCAGGCAGCACCACAGCCAUCUCUGCAAGAAGCACCACGGCCAUCACUGCAGGGAGCACCACAGCCAUCGCUGCAGGGAGCACCACAGCCAUCGCCACAGGGAGCACCACAGCCAUGACUGCAGGCAGCACUGCAGCCAUUGGUGCAGAGAGCACCACAGCCAUUGCUGCAGGCAGUGCAGCAGCCAUCACUGCAGGCAGCACCACAGCCAUCGCUGCAGGCAGCACCAUGGCCAUGACUGCUGGGAGCACCACAGCCAUCACUGCAAGGACCACCACAGCCAUCGCCACAGGCAGCACCAUGGCCAUGACUGCAGGCAGCACCAUAGCCAGCACUAGAGGCAGCACCGCAGCCAUUGGUGCAGGGAGCACCACAGCCAUGACUGCAGGCAGCACCAUGGCCAUGACUGCAGGGAGCACCACAGCCAUCACUGCAGGGAGCACCACAGCCAUGACUGCAGGCAGCGCAGUGGCCAUCGCUGCAAAAAGCACCAUGGCCAUCACUGCAGGGAGCACCAUGGCCAUCACUGCAGGGAGCACCAUGGCCAUUGCCACACGGAGCACUACAGCCAUUGCUGCAGGCAGUGCAGUGGCCAUCACUGCCGGCAGCACCACAGCCAUCUCUGCAAGAAGCACCACGGCCAUCACUGCAGGGAGCACCAUGGCCAUGACUGCAGGGAGCACCACAGCCAUCACCGCAGGCAGCGCAGUGCCCAUCGCUGCAGGCAGCACCACAGCCAUCGCUGCAGACAGCACCACAGCCAUCACUGCAGGGAGCACCGUGGCUGUUGCACCCACAGCCCCAGUGAGCCCAGCCAAGGAGGUGGGAGGUCUCCCAGCCCCAGGCACCGUGGCACCAGUGGGACCACCAGACACCACCAGUCCUGCCACCAACCCAUCUCCUGCCUUUGGGACACAGAGGGGACUGGCCACAGCACCAAGCACAACUGCCCGCACCACUGCUGGCCAUAGAAAUCCUGCCCCUGAGCCCCAGCCAUCCCACAGCCUUAUCAUGCCAGCAGCCUCACUCUACCCCUUCGGCAUGGAGGGAGGGGACCAAGAGUGCGUCCAGAGGAUGGUGGAUUUUAACUCCCCCCUGUUCAAGCCAGAGAUUGGAUUCCCCUUUGGGAAGUCGCUGCGGGAUGCUCUCUAUUUUACAGAUAACGGACAGAUCAUUUUCCCACCCACGGACAACUACGUCCUCUCCAACCCUAACCCACCUCCUCGAGGCUUCAGCGGCUGGGAGGGUUUGCCGAUGGUGGCCGCCUUUUGGGACGACGCAGAUUUCUCCCAGGGUGUCGGCACCACCUGGUACCAGGAGUACUCCACCCUCAGCUCUGCCCCAGACCCCCUUAUCCAUGAUGUGGAAGCAAAGAUUGAGAAAUACCUGAAAACCCCCUACAUAGCAAAAUGGACCUUGAAGGUGACAUGGGAGAAGGCUCCGGCAUACCCGUCCCAGGGGUGCCUUGGGUUUCUCCAGACAAGCACCUACCAGGCAGUCCUCACCACCGAUGGGAACCGUUCCUUCGCCCUACUGCUCUACCAGGACGGCGGGAUGCGGUGGGACUACACCAAGCUGGCUGAGGGCAACGUGCUGAUCGGCUUCUCCAGCGGUGAUGGCUAUGCCCAAAAUAAUGAGCUGACUCAAAAACCACCAGCUGUCAAGUACCGACCCGACCAGCACAGCAGCACUGGCACUGGUGUGCGCGGGCUGUGGAUAUACAGGCUGGACAGUCGCUCCCGGGUGAACUACAGGCUGCAGUGCCUGGCGUGGCUGGAUGCAGAGCCAGCGCCGGCCACCUGGAAUGACCAGCUGCCUCCAUGCCCCUGCUCCGAACCCCAGGCAGAGCUGGAUCCCCGCUACCGCCGGAGCAAAGGCCCGGCGGACACCUCCUUGAGGAUGCUGCGCACUGCAUCCCCCAGCCCGGCCGGAGCUGGGGUGCGGUGUCUGUACCAAGAUGGGAGCUUGCUCGAGGGCUGGCAGGAGAGAGCAUGGAGCCCCCCCAUCCACCCUGCCACUGACGGGGAGCUGGAGGCAUUCGACUGGUGCUGCCGGCGCGUGGGGAAGCCUCUGUUCUGUGCCAGGUUUGCUGAGAAGAGACCGAGGGUCGGCUGCGAGGGAUAUGUGCCACCCACCCCCGCUGGUGCCUUUGGGGACCCCCACAUCACCACCCUGGAUGGACUCACCUACACCUUCAAUGGGCUCGGAGACUUUGUCCUGCUGCUGGCCAGUGAUGCCCAGACCAGCUUCAUGCUGCAUGGGCGCACGGUCCGGACCGGCACGGCCCAGGCCACCAACUUCAUGGCCUUUGCUGCCCAGUAUAACUCUGCCACCACCACAACAGUUGAGUGGACCUUGGGGAACCAGGGUGACAUCCAAGUCCUCCUGAAUGAUGAAACCAUCCAGUUUUCCUAUUCCCAAGACAUGGGUGCUGAGGUGUACUACAGCCCCGGUGUCCUGCUGGUCAACGCCUCCUCCAUCAUGGCCGUCUUUGAUGCAGCCAUUGCCAUCUCCAUCUCGGCAGCCUCCGGGAUCCUCAGCGUGGUCUGCAGCCUGCCUGAUCGGUACCGCAACAGCACCAAGGGCCUCCUGGGUGUGUGGGACCAUGACCCCGCAGAUGACUUCCAGAUGCCGAAUGGCACCAGCAUCCCUGUGAACAGCAGCGAGGAGGAGAUCUAUAGCUAUGGGAUGACCUGGGCUGUCGGAGAGCACAGCCUGUUUGCUCAGCCUCUGGACUCACCAGUAAUGAACUUCACACCCAUCUUCUUGUCUCAACUGCGGCAGGAGAAUGAAAGCCAGUACCAGCUGGCAGCCUCGUGGUGCCGUGGCAGCAAGGAGUGCAUCUACGAUUCACUGAGCACAGGGGAUGUGGCCCUGGGCCUGGCCACCCAGAGCCUCGCAGCCGACUUCCAGCAGAAGAAGGCAGUACUCAAGAACGGCACCCUGACGUGGGAGCCCCACAGGACGGCACCGCUCACCGUCAACCUGGAGGCUGUUGGGUCCAACAACCUCUCCGCCCUCCUCCAGCUCCACUUCACCCUUUGCAGCUGCAGCAGGAGCCAGGAGUGUGACUACAGCGACACUGUCACCCUCAGGGGGUCCUCCCUGCAGCUGGCAGCCUGCAGGUGCGAGGGCGGCUACUCGGGUCCCUUCUGCCAGGACCCUCCGGACCCCUGCGCACAGGGAUGCUUCCCCGGCGUGGGCUGUGACUCGCACACCGGCUGCGGCCCCUGCCCGGCUGGCCUGACGGGUGACGGGCGGCACUGCUCAGGUGACAAGGGCUCACCAUGGCCACUGGGAACCCAGGGCACCCACGAGACCCUGGCUGAGGCAUUUCUCCCGGUGCCACGCUGCAUUGCCUUGGCAGAUAUCGAUGAGUGCGCAGAGGGAAUGGUGUGCCCGGGGAACGCCACUUGCACCAACACGGUGGGCAGCUACACCUGCUCCUGCCCACCUGGCGAGGAGGGCGAGGGGCCAGGCUGUGGCUCAGCCUGCGGCUCCCGCUCCUGUCCCGAGGGCUACUGCAGCAACGGGGGACACUGCCACCUGCACCCCGUCACCUGCACCCCAGCCUGCGCCUGCCCCCCGGCUUUCACCGACCAGCGCUGCCUGGUGGCAGGGGGGGAUUUUCGGCCGCUGCCCAGCACAGAUCUCCCCCGGAGAAGUGUCCAGCUGCGGGUCAGGACGCUGCAAAAUGCCACUGCUGGGGAAGUCAACGGCACCGUCUCAGCUAUCCUGGACUCCCUGGAGGUAAAGGCUUUCCAGAGCAACACCAACAUCACCCAGACGACAGACGGUGAUGGCUUCACCUUCACAGUGGUGUCUGAGUUUGCCUAUGAUAGCCGCAGCACCAUCAUCCGGUUCCUGAAUAAUUUGCUGCCGGGGGCCAUCAUCAGCGCCUUCAACGGGAAGCGGGGGCGGCGGGAGGCAGGCACACACCUCCUCUUCCAGCACCUGCACCGGGACAACAUCACCGAUGUGGUGAAGCUGACAGUGGCUGAGCUGAGGCACUAUUUCCCCUGCGGUCUGUACGGCUACAAAGGCUACCAGCUCCACUACGUGGGGACCAUCGGCUUUGUCUGCAUCUCCCCUUGCAAGAUGGGCUACUGCCAGCAUGGCGGCCAGUGCCAGCACCUGCCUGAGGGACCCACGUGCAGCUGCCUCCCCUUCUCCAUCUUCUCCCCCACCGGCGCCCGGUGCGAGCAGCUGGCCGUCAGCCUCGCCGCCUUCCUCGGCAUCUUGCUGGGAGCCCUGGCUCUGCUCUGCCUCCUGCUCGCCGUCGCCUGCCUGGCCUUGCGUCUCUGCCGCCGGCACUGCCACCGGCACCGGGGGUGA